GAUUGUGCAAACAGGGCAGUUACUCGAUAUAAAGCUUACCGGACUGUCAAAGGCCCUACAAAGGUUUUUACUCGUUCGUUGAGUCAUUCAAGAUGAGGCUAGAGGUGUUGCUUUUGGCGUUCGUCGCUACGGUUUACUGUGAACCGUUCGUUGAGGAGCAAGACCCUUUGUUAAUGGAUCAGGAGGAUCACGCAACGGAGAAACGGCAUCAUAAUUAUUAUUGUUUGGCGGUAAGCGGUCUGAUUCUGAGUUGAACGCUAGCUCCUUUUGGGGAAAAGCAUUCACAAGCCUACGUAAAAUUGACUUUUCUUAUUAUUGUUAGUGGUAAGUGGUGAACCUUUCAUUCCCCUUCUUUCCAUUGUCGUGAGGACAAGAGGAAUUGCAAAAUGUUCUCGCGUGAAACGUGAAACGUAAAACGUGUUAUAAGCACAGUUUUUUGUGAUUUGUGAUAAGAGUCAUCCGUGAAAAAAUUAACGGGUCUUAAAGUUCACCGGCAACUUCGACUUUGACUUCCAUUCCUAUUUUUAUGUCAAGAUGAAGAAUAGCACAAUAGAAUUAAAUAGAUUGAUUCAAAGUCUAAAAAAUCUACAGUAACUCUUCGAAGCGAUAUUCUGGUCCCAGAAACUUUUGGGAAAAAAGUUUGAGUAUCAGUUUACGCGGCGGAAACAUCUUAGAAUGUGUCUCGUAAGGACGCCAAAUUCCACCAAAUUUUAAGAAAAGAUUGUAUAAAAGAUUAAUUUCAAGUUUUGAGACAAAAAUUACUUGUUCUGUUGUCCGGUAACUGGAUAGCAAAAAAACGAGACCGUCCCUCCCCCGCUUCUUCUCAUCAUUUUCCGCCCUUAGGAUGUGGGGGAAAAUCUUGAUUGUUUCCGUUACACGUGUCAAACACCCUGAGGAAGGUUACUUCUUGUCGGUGUGUAUCAAGUCGCAAUAUUAAUCUGACAACCACAUCUACACGGAAAAGAUAUCGUACGUACUUUACUUGAGUAGUUUUACAUCACUUUCAUUUGUCAACCAUAACAAUAUCAAUAAGGCACAUAUCUUUAAUUUGCUUGCUCUAGAGAAAGCGAGAUGUAUCAUUUUUGGUUGUAACUCUGUUGGAUGAGAAAAGGGUUCGGUAGCAGUUUGUUUGCUGAUAUACCGCGAACAAACUUCAAAAUUUGUUUCAGAUUAAAAGGUUUGAAAAGUCAAACAAAAAAUUUUUUUCGACAUCCGCAACUUUAAGCCUCACAGCUUAAGAUGUAAACAGAUGAAAGGUAAGGGGUAUUUUCUUUAAAUGUUGGACGGUAACUCCCUUAAAUUGUUUACUGUGUAGAUUUGUAAAUCGUGCAUUUCUUUAAAUCGUAUAUGGACGUUUUAUUCGAAAAAAGUGAAAAAUUCAAACAACAAAAAAUGAAAAAAAAUUUAAAAAACACCAAAUGAAAACAAAGCAAACCAAACAUAACAAAAUAAAAAAAAUAAAAAGCAAAAAAAAUUUAAGAAAAAAAGGUAAAAUAACAGCAACAACAAACCAAGAAGAAGGAAUAAGACAAGAACAAAUAUAGAAAUAUCAGAAUAUAUAUGAACUGAGCAUUGAAAAAAAUAUGCAAUUAUUAUGCGUUAUAAAACAACUAGGAUACCACGCGCGCCCUGAUUGGUCAAAAACCGAUUAUGUAUUGCACCAUACAGAAUUAAAUUUAUCUUAUUAAAUUUAUCAUAUAAAAACAAUGGACCUCACUUUCUAUUGGUUCACUGGCGUGAUAACCCACUUGGCAUGUUGGGAGAACACGAGAGAAAUUUACAAAGAACAGUAUGGAAAAUAUACAAACUGAUGUUUGUUUUUAACAGAGAGGAUGUUACUACAAUGGGCAUUGCCCAAGCGGUUAUUACUGCCAUAGAUAUUACCGCCGCUGUUGUCGACUUAACCCGCGUAGAUGCUCUCACAAAUCGCACUGUUCUAGCUCGCAGUGCUGUGCAAAGUACUCGUACCAGUAUUAUGGAUACUGUAGAAGCCUCAAGCAACCGGGAGGAUGGUGUCCAUGGAAGGGAGUGAGUUAGAUUUUCAUAUAAUUUGUCUUUAAUAGAGACCUUUUUCAUGUCCUUGAAAAUGUAUUGCCCAAUUCGAAGGCGCUUUGAAAAGAAAAGUAUACCUUUGAGGACAAAGGUCAUUAGUCUUGAAUAAAACAGUUGAUAGCGUUGAAGGCGCCCUCUGAUUGGCCACUCAGACCCUGAAUAUCCUUUGUUAUUCACCUCCGUGAAACGCGCGAGGGAUCUGCGCCUGAAACUGUUGUAAUCGUUACAGGAAUAUUGAGUUAAAAUCAUCUUUUUGUAUUUUAUCAUCUCACUUCGUUUUAUUUGAUUCUAAAACAAAUAUUCUCCUCAAUAACGGUGGCUAGCGGUGGAUAUUUACCUUACCGCCUCACUGCCUGAUCAAUAUUAACCCUUAGCCAUCUCGGUUAAUAGUUGUAACUAUUUUCCAAGGGAGAACGACUGGAAACAGAGUUACAUUCCUAGUCAGAGCCCCUGGAUAUGCGAUUUCCAAUAUACAAUUUAUCGGUAGACCGUGCGCAGUGGUUCGGUUUCCUUCAAAAUUAACGUAUUUAGAAUUUUUUUUUUUGAUUUUCGCAGCCUGACGGUUACAACUGUGGCUGUGGACAAGGAUACACUUGUCAGAGAUAUGGGUCGAAUUACUAUUGGGGGAAGUGCGUGGCUAGUUGUUCCAGCGACAGUAGCUGCAAGAAAACAGAGUGCUGUUCUGGUCGUCGUUGCAAACCACGGAAGGGGGCAGGAAAAUACUGUCCGCGCAAAGGGGUAAUUAAAUUGUUUUUUCUUAAUCAAAGCUUUAUAUUCAUUUUUCAAAGAUAUGAAUUUACCUUCAGUCUGCGUUGGUCGAGGUUCUCUUGUUCUCAGUCCCACUCUUUCCCUUUAAAUUCGUAUUCUGAUUCUUGAACCAUAUUUUUAAAGAUUGUGUUGAAUUGUCUUGACUUUUACAGUCCUAUUCAGCCAAAGAUUCUGUUAUGUCGCAUUAUUUCUUGAUUCUACCUUAGGUUUAAUUCAAUUUUUUUUGCAGUCUCUAACUUUAAAGAGCUAUGUUGAAAACUUAGAUCAGGUUACUCUCAAGGGAAGAACAGAUAUGUACACUUGCCAGCCUCCUUGCAUCAGAUAAUGACAAUAAGAUAAAGGGGGUUUAAAUACAACGAGCGAAUUUAUUAUGGGUCUUACGCCCUACUGGGUUGAGCAACCAAACUGAAAAAUCAACAUCCACGAGCUGGACUCAUACCAUUCGACUAUCAAAAUUCUCACUUGACUGAUGAUGAAUUCUGGGGCGAAAUGGUUAAAAUGUGGGCGAACUUGUUUUACUUCAGCGGGCGAUCUUACAAAGUGGCCAAAUCCUCAUAAAUCCUUCUGCUAACAUUGUAAAAACAUUAGUCGCCGUCUUUUGUCGACUGCUGAUCGCGAGUUCAUUCAUGGUAAUCACGAGGGGCAGUGUUAGAUAUUUACAAGAGAAGAUAACGGGACAUGUAGAGAAGUAGGCUUCUGGUUCAGGCCAGAAUAUAGGGAUAUGUCAUAUUCACUUGAGUUCUGAUUUAUAGAUAGUCUUAACCGGACCAUCAUCUGUUCACAUACAAGACUAAAUAUUGAACAUUAGGCUUAGAAAUCAAUUACAGUUAAUGAAUUACAGGCGCUGGUUUGUCCGGUCGUUCGAAUGGUGGACGAACACUGUCUCAGUGGAUGAAUCUCUAUCCGGUGGAUGGCGCAGUACAUCUUGUUGACAGUUAUUCUCUGGAUAGCGAUUUAUCCGUUGGAUGGUGUUAUUUGCCUUUUGACCAACUGGGCCCAGGAUAUUAAAAUGUUCAGACUAACCAAAUAUCACGAAUCCGUUUUUACUUGUACAAAUCGUCUCCUCAUCCAUUAUUUUUUCGUGAUAUUUCUUUCCUGUACUAGUUAACGGCUGAGAAUACGAAGCGUGGAGAAAUAUUUUGACAAGCCCAGCUAUGAAUAAUCUUACAUACUUGUGACUUGAUUCAACUUAAAACUGACGUUAUAAAUGCUCGUUUGAUAAAAUAAAUUUUAACUGAUAGAUUUUGUUCGCUCGAUGUGAUUUUUAGGCCGAUAUUUACCACUGUGGCUGCAUCGAGGGAUAUGAAUGCCAGGACGCUGGAGUGGGAGAGUACUGGGGCAAAUGUGUAAAGGUUGCGCCCCCUACCGAGGAGCCUGGAUCUGGGCUCGGGGAAUAG